UUCCGUUUAUCCUACGUAAACAAAACCAGUAAAUCUUGCUUCUCUUGCUUCUCUAAGCAGAAGAGAUAAAAGAUGUUGCUCCAAGCUGUGCUCCUCUUUCUUGCAAUCAACCUCUCUGCCUCAUACGAGACUGGCUUCAUAUACUCAAGCUUCCGUGGAGCUAACUUGAGCUUAAAUGGUGUCUCAGAGGUCAUACCUAGUGGAGCCUUGCAGCUAAGCCAAUUUUCUCAACAAGUGAAAGGUCAUGCUUUCUUCCCCAACCUUUUGCAAUUCAAGAACUCCUCAUCAGGAAAUGCUUUCUCUUUCUCAACAGCUUUUGUGUUUGCUAUCGAUGCUAUCAAAGUCGUCGCAUCUGGUGGUUUUGCAUUUGCUAUCUCUCCAUCUACUGAGCUCGAAGGAGGCCAAUCCACACAGUACCUCGGACUCGUUGGCAUCACAGGCAAUGGUGACCCCAAAAACCAAAUUUUUGCAGUGGAAUUCGACACCUACAAGAGCAUAGAUUUAGGAGACAUCGAUGAUAACCAUGUGGGUAUUGACCUGAACAGCGUGAGGUCUAAUGUAUCCGCUUCUGCGGCUUAUUCCAUCACAAAGGAUCAUGAGACUACCAAACACAACAUAAGUCUCAAGAGUGGAGACCCAAUUCAGGUAUGGAUAGAAUAUGAUGGCACAGAGAAGUUGCUGAAUGUAACUCUAUCUCCUAUUCAGAUAGCUGGAAGAACCAGCCCCCCUUUGAUUUCUACCAGGAUUGAUCUUUCACCAAUCCUACAAGAGUUCAUGUAUGUGGGUUUCUCUGCAAGCACAGGCAUGUUUAUAAGCUGCCAUUACAUUCUGGGAUGGAGCUUCGCGAUAAAUGGCAGGGCUCGAGAUUUAGAUCUCUCUCACCUUCCUUUGUACCCGAAAGCCAAAUCAUCUAGAGGGAUUUCUAUGGCUUCUAAGAUUGGCAUAAUUCUGUCUUCUAUAAUCCUAGCCAUGGCAACUAUAUCAGGGAUUGUAUACCUUGUUAAAAGGAAAAGGGAUGAGGAGAUCGUGGAAGAGUGGGAGUUGGAGUAUGGGCCACAUAGGUUCUCAUACAAGGAGCUCUGUGAGGCCACCAGGAAUUUCAGAGAGGAUAGGCUGGUGGGAUCUGGGGGCUUCGGUAAGGUCUAUAGAGGCGUGAUGCCAGACUCUGGAAUGCAAAUUGCAGUGAAAUGUGAGGCAAAUAAAUCGGGGUUAGGGUUAAGAGAAUUCUUAUCAGAGAUUUCCAUCAUUGGGAGACUACGACACAGGAACCUGUUACCACUACUUGGAUGGUGCAAGCGCAAAACAGAGCUCCUCAUAGUCUAUGACUACAUGCCCCACGGUAGCCUCGACAAGCACCUGUUUGAUGAAAGCACCCAAAUUUUAAGCUGGGAGCAACGGCACAACAUCCUAAAACGUGUCGCCUUAGCACUGCUCUACCUACACGAGCAAGCGGAUCAGGUGGUAGUUCACAGAGACGUGAAGGCGAGCAACAUUUUGUUAGACACUGAUAUGAAUGGUCGAUUGGGAGACUUUGGGCUGGCACGGUUAUGUGAUCAUGGAACCGACAUGCACACAACGCACGUGGUUGGAACACUGGGCUACCUCGCACCGGAGGUGUCCCGUUCUGGCAAGUAUACCACUUACUCUGACGUCUUCUCGUAUGGCAUUGUGUUGCUCGAGGUGGCCUGCGGGCGUAGGCCAGUCGAUCUGCAGGGGUUGCCUGAAGAAAUGAUUUUGGUGGACUUGGUGUGGAAGUGCUUCAGUGAAGGGAAGCUCUUGGAUGUUGCUGACCCUAGGCUUAAGGGUGAGUUUGUGGCUGAAGAGAUGGCUAUGAUCUUAAUGCUAGGAUUGGUAUGCUCUCACCCAGUGCCUGCUUCAAGGCCUAGCAUGAGGCAAGUGUGCCAGUAUUUGGAUGGUGAUGUCCCUUUCCCUAAUACAUUGCCUAAUGAUAUUGUGGUGAACAUAAAUGAAAACUAUGACUACUUCCGAGCCCUUAUUUCUUCUCAUAAUGACUUGUCUCUUAACUCUUCUGCUGGCUCUUAACAUUUACUCUCAGGAGGGCCAUGAUGCGUCACCUUUUUCAGCAUAAACUUACACUCUGUUUUUCUUCUUCCAUCUCGUAUCAUUAUUGAGUGUAUAACAGAAAUGUAAACUUCCUUUUUUGCUUUUUCUUCUUCUAUCUUUUAUCAUUAUUGAGUGUAUACUACAAACGCAAAUAAGCAUUGCGUUGAGAAGUUUGGAAGAACAGGAUUCAAGUGCUACAUAACCUAUGACUAAGAGUCAAAUGGUUGGCUCAGUCGUGGCAUACAUUAUAUUACCUCAUGCUAAUCUAGCGUUUUCAUGGGGAAAAGCUUGUUCAACCAAUUUAUUACUUGUAAUUUAUUUAUUUAUUUUGACAAGGUUAAGUAAGAAUGGAACUUGAGACAUA